UGCUCAACUGGCAUCAGCACAUCUGGGAGGGGAGACCCUUCUCAAGGGACAGCCAGGCAGCAGGGCGGCCUGCCCACACCGAGCUCCUGUCCCCCCCAGGCGUGGUGUGGCAGGGAUGAGGAGCCGGCAGCGGAUGUUUGCCGCGGUGAUGCGCCUGCUCCUCAAGUGCCUGCGGCUGGGCCGGCGGCGACGCUUCAAGCUGGUGCGGCAGGUGGAGCAGCUGUGGCACUACGGGCACCUCUGCCUCCGCUCCUUGCUCUACAACUCCUUCACCAACGGUGAUGUGGUGCUGGACUCCCUCUUCGAGCCUGUCUACUGGCUGGUGGACCACGUCACCCGGUGGUUCGGCGUGGUGUUUGUGGCACUGGUGAUUGGGCUGACGAGCUCCAUUGUGGCCAUCGUGUACAUCUGCCUGCUGCCCCUCAUCCUGCAGACCUACACACCUGCCUGGAUCUGCUGGCACCUGGCCUAUGGACACUGGAACCUCAUCAUGAUUGUCUUCCACUACUACAUGGCCAUCACCACCUCACCAGGCCACCCACCACAGGCCAAGAAUGACCUUACCGGCGUCUCCAUCUGCAGGAAAUGCAUUGCCCCCAAGCCAGCUCGCACCCACCACUGCAGCAUCUGCAACAGGUGCGUGCUGAAGAUGGACCACCACUGCCCCUGGUUAAACAACUGUGUGGGACACUACAACCACCGCUACUUCUUCUCCUUCUGCCUGUUCAUGACCAUGGGCUGCAUCUACUGCAGCAUCAGUGGCUGGGAGAUGUUCCGGGAUGCCUAUGCAGCCAUCGAGAGAAUGAAACUGCUUGACAAGGAGAGACUGCAGGUGGCUGCCAACCAGACCUACUACCAGACCCCACCACCCACCUUCUCCUUCCGCCAGCGAGCUUUCCACAAGAGCGUGGUCUACCUCUGGGUCCUGUGCAGCUCGGUUGCACUGGCCCUGGGUGCCCUCACGCUGUGGCACGCUGCCCUCAUCACCCGUGGGGAAACCAGCAUCGAGCGGCACAUCAACAGAAAGGAGAGGCAGAGACUGCAGAAGAAAGGCAAGGUCUUUAGGAACCCCUAUAGUUAUGGCAGCUGGGAUAACUGGAAGGUGUUCCUGGGUGUGGAUGUGCCAAGGCACUGGCUCACCCGGGUCCUGCUGCCCUCUCCUCACCUGCCCCAUGGGACAGGCCUGAGCUGGGACGUGACGGAGCAGCGCGCACCGCUCCUGGCCAUCUGAGGCCCAGUGCUCCAGACGUCCCUCCCCGCAGGAGGGGAGCGCACGGGGACCCGCUCCACUGCUGCGGCUCCCUUUGGCCCAAGUGCCUGGCAGAAGGCUGGUGCUGGCACAUAUUGCUGACUGGGGCCAGAGCCACGGGAAACUCCAUGGACAGUGUCGGUGCCUGGAUGCCUGCCCUCUUGGCUCUUGGUGGCUGCAGGCAGCCCCGGGGGAAGGCAGCAGAGCUGCUGUUCCCCGCUCCAGCUGAAGGUGCUGCCCUCACUCAUACAGGUACCGGCCAGCACAGGCCCAGCUCAGCUCUCCAGAGCGCUGGGCACAGAGGAUGGCACCCCCGUCCCCCAAGUACUCCCCAGGGAGCCUUUUUGAGACCAUCCACUAAAUACUGUUUUUUUAA